AUGGCUGUGGCAAAGAACUUACUAGCAGUACGUGCUAAGGUAACGGAAGCGGUGACAAAAAGUCCUUGGAAGCAACAGUGUACAUUGGUAGCAGUAAGCAAAACGAAGCCUGUGGAUGACUUGCGCGAGGCGUACGAAGCUAAUCAACGACAUUUUGGCGAAAAUUACAUACAAGAGUUAGUGGAGAAAGCGCCUUUAUUGCCAGGUGAUGUGAAAUGGCAUUUCAUUGGUCACGUGCAGUCGAAUAAGGCCAAGCCACUUGUGCGUGACGUACCAAAUCUUUUUGUCGUCGAGACAGUGGACUCAAUAAAGAUUGCCGAUGCUCUUAACAAAGCAUCAGGUGAAUUUCGCACUGAUAAGCUCAAUGUGAUGGUUCAAGUGAAUACAAGUGACGAGAAGCAGAAAUCGGGAAUAGAUGCGGAUGGAUCAGUUACGUUAGCACGUCAUAUUGUAUCCUCAUGUGAGCAUUUACAACUCACAGGGCUCAUGACUAUCGGACGUUAUGGCGACACGACAUCUCAAUGUUUUGAGCGUCUCGUGGCUUGUCGUAAGCAGGUGGCUGAAGCAAUCGGUAAGACUGAGACGGAUCUGGAUCUUAGCAUGGGCAUGUCUGGUGACUUUGAGCUAGCGAUUUUCUGCGGUAGUACGCACGUUCGUAUCGGCUCAACUAUAUUUGGUUCUCGUAAUUAA